UGAACUGGUUCACUAACCUUCCCCUUUCUCCAUCCAAGACCCACUCACCACACCCCCCCGACACACCAUUUUAGAUGAACAGUCAUAGACUAUACAGUCCUCACAACCAUGCUGAAUUGAUUGAGUAAUGAUGUAGAGAGAGAGAGAGAGAGGAGUGAGAAAGAGAGAGUCUUUGGUUAAUUUACUUCAUUGUGUUGUUUUAAAAAAUUUGCUUGCUUGUUGGGUUUUGUUUUGUGGGUUGGGAUUUUGCUUUCCUUAGUUUUGAUGGGUACUGAGGGAUCAGAAGAAGUAUUGAGAAAGAAGAAACAUGAGGGAGCAGAGAGAGGAAAUAGGUUGUUGCACAGUAGUUGUAUACACCACUAUACAAGUUGGUCUACUUGUUUCAGACAGAGCACUUGUGCUUCUUCUUCCAUUGCUUCCUUUAAGUAAACAUAUCUUGCUCUGAACACUGCCUUGAGCUGUUAAAAGAUUCACUGGAAACUUAUAAAAAAACAAAAACAACCAAGAUUUUGAAAAGGAUAAAAAGGAAGGAGCUUGCUUGAUCUAUUAAGAUCUGAUAUCAAAAGUGCCUUUCCCCCAAGCUCAGUAGUAGUCAUCAUGAAGAGGCUUGGAAGCUCAGAUUCAUUGGGUGCUAUGAUUUCCAUCUGCCCAUCAACAGCGGAGGAACACAGUCCAAGAAACAACCAUGUUUACCGGAGAGAUUUCCAUUCCAUGUUGGAUGGCUUAGAUGAAGAAGGUUGCGUGGAAGAGGGUGGCCAUGUUUCCGAGAAGAAGAGAAGAUUAAGCGUUGAACAAGUGAAGGCCUUGGAGAAAAAUUUCGAGGUGGAGAACAAGCUUGAACCAGAAAGAAAAGUGAAGCUUGCCCAAGAACUUGGCCUCCAGCCAAGACAAGUUGCUGUGUGGUUCCAAAACCGCCGUGCUCGUUGGAAGACCAAGCAAUUGGAACGUGACUUUGGCGUUCUCAAGGCCAAUUAUGACUCUCUCAAGCUCAAUUACGACAGCCUCCAACAUGAGAAUGAAGCUCUUGUGAAGGAGAUAAAGCAAUUGAAAUCAAAGUUGCAAGAGGAAAACACAGAGAGCAAUAAUCUGUCAGUGAAAGAAGAGCAAAUGGUGGCAAAAGAUCAAUCCAAUUACAAAGUGGUUGAUCAUGAGAAGAGCAAAUCCCCACCACCACCACCUCCUGGUUCCUCUGUUCCAGCAACUGAGUCCAAAGAGCUCAACUUUGAGAGCUUCAACAACACCAACAAUGGAGCAGUGGGCUUAGAAGCUGUCUCAUUGUUCCCAGAUUUCAAAGACGGGUCAUCAGACAGUGACUCAAGUGCAAUCUUGAACGAAGACAACAGUCCGAACUUGACCAUUUCUUCAUCUGGGAUGCUCCAAAACCACCAGCUCAUGAAGUCUCCAGCUUCCACUUCACUCAAAUUCAACUGCUCCUCCUCCUCCUCACCUUCCUCAUCAUCCAUGAAUUGCUUCCAGUUCCAGAAGACCUAUCAUCCUCAGUUUGUGAAGAUAGAGGAGCACAAUUUCUUCAGCAGUGAGGAGGCUUGCAGCUUCUUCUCUGAUGAGCAAGCACCUACACUUCAGUGGUGCUGCCCAGAUCAAUGGAACUAAAUCAUAAACACCCCACUCCAUCCCAUCCAAAAAAAAAAGAGAGAAAAUCUGGGAUCCAAGAAAGACCCUCCAUGAAUUUUAUUGAAUGGGAAGUGGGGUUGUGUAUAAAUUAAUGUACUUUGAUCUCCAUUGUGCAAAAGUGAAAGUUGGAGAGCAACUGCAGAAUGAAGCAGCAGAGAGAGGAGGGAGAGAGGGAGAGAGAGGUUCACGUGGGGGGUUGGGUUGGGUCAUGCUCAUGGGUGGAAGAUGACGACCAAGGUAUUUUCCCUUGCUAAGCCGUGUGGGGGAAUAUGAUUGUGUCGUAAUUAAAUUCUCAGCUGUAAAAAUGAAAUCUUGGAAAAACUUUAGGGGGUAGAAUUUCCUGUAAUGGAGAAAAUAAUCAUUGUGCCUCACUUUUUUCCUUCCA